AUUAGUUUUGAAGUGAAUGAUUUAUAUUGAAGCUAUGUGUCAAACAAAGUAUAGUUUAUUCUAAAAAAACAUAUUAUUUUAGUAGUGUACCCUUGCAAGUUUCGGAAUUGGAGUUUGUUUGACAGGAGUAGGCUUAUGUUGGAGUUAUGAUACAGAUUAUAAUUCAUGUAGCUUUGCCUUUGGCGUUUGGGAAGGAUUGUGUUAUGAAAAUAACAGACUUAGAUAUGUGUUAGAGCAGAGGAAUAAAAUAACAGAUUAGAAACAUAAAUCAAGGAAAUGAUGCACGAUAUGGGUGGAGACUACAAAUACAAUUUACAAGUGUGCAUAGUAGAAUUAGUAUUAGUGAAAACGUUAUUAGUUUCAGUUAGCACUGAGAUAAGAUCUUAUGCCUUUAAUAGAUUCAAAAGGCAGAGAUAACCAAGAGAGAUACUGAUGUUCCUAACAAAAGGAAUAGGAUAACAGAGAAGAUAAUAGGAUAACAGGGAAGAUAAAACAUAUUUGGCUUACUAAGGGGAAUAUGUUUAAUAUUUUGGUAACCACACUAUAUCUACCAUAUCCAGUGCCAACAAGGCCUUACACCGAAUACUACGGCUCCUGAGGCUGGCUGGGAUACUGCGUACAUAGUAGUGGUUGUAGGUACAAUAUAAAAAGAGAAUAGAAGACUGAUGCCAGGUGCCUGAGAAUGUACAGAAUAGAUAUCGCUUGAAUCUAGUGAGCUGUUGUGGAAACUUAUAGGGGUGAAUGAUAUUGGAAAAGGUUGAGAAGCACUGGUAGAGUAUAUCAUCUCAAAGUCCAUGUUGGAGGAGGUGGGUUUAAGUGAUAAAAGAUAUAUAAAUAUUGUAAAAAAUGUACAAGGUUGUUUAUAGAUUAUUUGUUAAAACCUAUUUAUUUUAGUAUACAUAUACUCUGAAAGCUGCAGUAUACUGUAACUGAUAAAGAACAUUAUGUCCAAUAAUUAACUGUGUCGCAAAUAACACUAUAUUGUAAGAAAAAUUUUCUGCACUGUUACGUUUAAUGUAUUUAACCUGAUAAAGAGAUCAUAUGCAAGUAAGCUUGCAUUCAGUAAAUAUAUUUUGAGUUACACCAAAGUUUAUUUUGUUUCUUCCCACAUUUAGGUAAAACUGUAUGGCUGUGGCAUUGAAACUUUACUGUAUAAAGAUAAAGAAUUCAAUAAACAGAUGAUGAGAUGGCAGAGCUGAUAUAGUGGCCAUGGAUUGUCCAGAAUUGAAUCACUGUGAUGACCACUCUUUACUAGGAAAUUUAGGAUCAGAUAAAACUACAAGAUCAGAUAUCCAGCAAUCACCUAAUGAAAAUUCUGCUGGAAACUUUUAUCAGAAUAAUAACUUCAAUGAUUUAGAAAAAGACUUGAAUGUUGAUCAGUAUGUUAUUGUGUUGGAAAAUGGUGAAAAACGUUGGAAAUGUAGUCUUUGUUCAAAGCUGUAUACUGCGAAACACAAUCUUGUGACUCACAUGCUAGGGCAUGCAGGCAUUAGAAGAUUUAUAUGUGAAGUCUGCAGUAAACCAUUUAAGCAACAGAGCCAUCUGAAUGUUCAUCGACUUACACAUUCUGACAGGAGGCCACAUGAAUGCCCAACAUGCCAGAAGAGGUUCUGUCAGGUAGCUCAUCUGAAAAGACACAUGUUAGUUCAUCUAAGAGGGAAUUUCCAUAAGUGUUACUUAUGCAAAAGUAGAUUUGUUCUUUCAAGUGAGUUAAAAGUGCACAUAGAAAAGCACAAACAAGAUGGUACAUAUUUAGAAAAUGAAUAUCAGAACCAGAGUUUAGAUACUACAAAGAAGUCUAGUGAAGAACAGCAAGAAAAGGUACAUCAGAUUACAUGUGAGGUUUGUCAACGUGUAUUUAUGUACCCUAGUCAAUUGAAAGACCACAUGGUUGUCCACACACAGGUUCGUCGCUAUUCAUGUACAGUGUGUGGCACAAAAUUCAUAAAAGAGCAUCAUCUGAAGGCUCACCAGUUGACCCAUAGUCAUGCAAAACCUUUCUUUUGUCCCAUAUGUGGCCGAAGCUUUUCACUCAAAGCAAACAUGGAAAGGCACGUAUUAAUUCACAAUGCUGAAAGGCGUUUUCCCUGUGAAGUGUGUGGCAAAAAGUUUACUCAGGUCCAAACAUUACGAUCUCACAUGGUUUCUCACUCUGAUAUCAAGCCUUACAAAUGUCCUGUUUGUGGUAAAGGUCUAUCCAGAGCACAUAAUCUUCGUGCUCACAUGGCUCUUCACAAAAAUGAUAAACCACAUAAGUGUACCAUCUGUGGAAAUUCAUUUACACUUAAAGGAAAUUUACAAAGACACAUGAAAGAAAAACACGGAAGUGUUGAGGCAAUGACACCAAGAGAAUCAACAGAUAAUAAGGUUUAUUCUGGUACUUCUAAGGUAGAUUGUGAUUUGAGAGAUAUCGUAAUAUCAAAUCAGCCAGUCACACAUUCUCAAAAACAGCAACCACUAAAUGAACCAGCACCUAGAACUACUAAACGAAGAAAGAACACUCCUAAAAGGCUAAAUAAUUUUGGUAGUGAAGAUGAAGAAAAUGAUGAUGAAGCUGAUCCUUUGCAAGAAUCUGACACAAUUAUUGAAGAUGAGACAGAGAGUGCAGAAAAUAGUACUCGGCCAGUUCCUGAUGCAAUUCUAUCUACAGAAGAGAACCAUGAAGGAAGCAGUCCUCCUCACUCAUCUAGACUGGCAGACUUAUUUCAUAGUUCAUCUGGUUACUUUCCAUCAUGUUUUGGAACUGACUUUUCCUCUAACCACAAACCACAUUCUUAUAACCAUAUACAAUAUGGUCAAAAUUCUGUGGGCACCAUUUCUUUUGGUUCUGUAAGUUCUAGUCCAGUCAUCAGCACAAGCCCUAUUAGUUCCAUUAUUAGUCCACUGGCACAGAAUUAUUACACUGAAGAUACAAGUUUUUCUUCUACUUGUCUCUCAUCACCUGUCGAUGAUAUCACAUUGAAAAUUCAGGCAGUGCAUACAGCAAUAGAUGAGUUAGCAGGAAAACUGAACUCUCCUCACGACAAGGUUGCUUCCCUGCAUGAUGCAGUCAGUAAUUUAGUAAACAAACCACCAUCACCCAGUAUGUGUCUACAGUAGACUCGUAUUCAGUUGUUAUUAUUAAUAUUGAAAUUUUAGUACUGGAAUUUUUUUUUAUAUUAUGAUGUGAUGGUGUGUGACAAAUUUGAUUAUUAUAUUAAAACAGGUAAGUGAAGGUUUGGCUAAAGCGUAAUAUACUUGGUAUUGGCACCAUGCAUUUACUGUUGUAUAUAUAUCUGUUAAAAUAAAUUUCUUAAAUAUAAAAAUUGUUCUGUUGAUGUUAAAAAUGUAACAUCUUGAAAAACCUGUUACUCGUUCAGUUGUGCUCGCGUCAUUCAUAAAAGCUAUUGAUUGAUCUGACAUUGUGAUAAUUAGGUGGUAGUAGAUUUAUAAAAUGCAUGCUAAAGCUUUUUUUUUCCAAGACAAAUUGUUUAAAGUUAUUCUAGUUGAGAUGUGUUGGAAUUGUAUGAAAGUUUAUCACAGGCUGAUGAAUCAAUUAUAAAAGUGAGUCUGAUAAUACACUUUGUAUUAUUAUUCGUUUUGUGAAAAUUUCAAAACUGAAUGAUUGAAUAUUGGCACUAUGUUUUGUCUCAGGGUCAAAAGCCUCAAUAGUAUAUAUAUUAUGUAAAAGUAUAACCUUUGUUUAGUAUAAGUGUAUGUGCCAACAAUUACAUAAUCACUCCAGCAAAACUGUAACAAAACAAUGUAAAAUUAUACCAUUUAUACAAAAGUAUCAAUGAUAUUUUAAAGACAGAAGAUAGGGUACCAGAACUAUAAAGGUGGGUAUAUAGUUUAAAAAAUUGUAUGUUAUUAUAGCACUAAAAUUACAAGAUCAUGUAUUAUUACAUCUAUAAAAAAAAAGGUUGAAAGUUGGGCUAUAGACAGUGAAUAUUACUGGGAUUUGGGACAUCGUGGGUUUUAGAACCGGAUCCUAACCUCUUAUUCAACUUGUAGCUUGCUUUCUAGUUUUGCAUAUGUUGUUUUCAUUCUGUUUGAUAAACAGAAUAUCCCCAUUGCUUUUUGGUGCUAUGGCCACGCAGACAUUUUUCACUUUAAAGUUAUAUCAUUUAUAUUUUUAUGUACAUCUAUAAUAAAAAUAUAUUUUUACACAAUACUCACAGAGACCCACAAAACAUUUGUGG